AUGGUUUCACAACAAGCAAAAGAUAAAGUUGAAAAAUUAAUUAAAGAACAUCCAAUUUUUAUUGCUUCUAAAAGUUAUUGUCCUUAUUGUGCUCAAACUAAAAAAACAAUUGAAGGUUUAACAAAAGAUGCUUAUAUUGUAGAAUUAGAUGAAACUAGUGAUGGUGGUGAAAUUCAAGAAGCUUUAGCUGAAUUAACUGGUCAAAAAACUGUUCCAAAUGUUUUCAUUGGUGGUAAACAUAUUGGUGGUAAUUCUGAUGUUCAACAAUUAAAAUCAAAUGAUGAAUUGGAAGAUAAAAUUAAAGCAGCUUUAUAG